AUGUCAGAAACAGGACUCCCCCAGUCACCACCCUGGGAGCUGAUCCAGACGCCCCCUCUGGUGACCUCGGCCAUUGCUCCUCACAACCCUCUGGUGAUGUCACCUUUCCCCACAAUGCCCGUGGUGGCAGGAACUGCUGGCCAUGGCCCCUGCGACCCUGGACCUUGCAAGGUCAUCAUCCAGCCCCAGUGGUUUUGUGGGGACAGUGAUCCAGUCCCUGCUUGGAGCCAGGCCCCUCCUGAAGCCUCGCGCAGGCCCAACAGUGUCUAUGAGAACUUCCAGCGCUGGAAGCUUUUGAAGGCUCUGACCCGGAGGUACCUUCCCAGGACUCCUGACACUGAAGUCCUUUCCUGCUUCCUCAUCCCGGUGUUUCGCACUCUGGCCCGCCUGAAGCCCACCAUGAGCCUGGAGGAAGGCCUUCGCCUGGCCCUUCGGGAAUGGCGGGGCACGAGCAACUAUGACCGCAUGAUCUACUCCGACAUGGCGGCCAAGUUCAUGGAGUUCGAGGCCGAGGAGGAGAUGGAGGUGCAGAAACUGCAGUGGACGAAUGGAGCGCAGGGCCUGCCACUCCCCGCCCCACCCAGGCCUGGGCCUAAGGCCAGACCCCAGGCCGAGGCAGCUCACCCCAAGACACACAAACCUCAGCAGCCCCCCAAGUCCAAGGCCCCCGAGGAGAUCCCUCCUGAGGCCGUGCAGGAGUACAUGGACAUCAUGGACGAGCUGCUAAAGGCCCCCGACUCAGUCUGCAGGGCGCACCUCAGCCGACGGGCAGUGGACAGGGAGGAGCAGCAGGAGGAGGCUGGGACCUUUCCUGACCCGGGGCUCUUGAGCUAUGUGUACGAGCUGUGCUCCCAGGAGGACUUUGUCACCAAGGUUGAGGCGAUCCUUCAUCCCAGCUUCCUGGAGCACCUGCUCUCCCAGGAGUCCCAGCUGGAUCUCCUGGCCCUGGCUGAGGAUCUGGAGAAGGAGGAAGGA